CUGCUGCAACCCGCCCGGAGUAGGAAGCAGGAAAACUCAAUGUAGGACUGGGCUGCCACCCGAUAUAAAUGUCAGACUGGUGCUCCCCUCUACAAGGAAGGCUUUCCAACAGGUUUUCACUGCAGUGCUGAUAUAUAAAUAUAUAUAUACACACACCAUGCCUGAACACAGUGAUGCCAGUCUGCCCCCUGAAGAGAGGAUCCGAGCCCUCGUGCUGAAGGGAACAUCCGUAGAGGUGAAUGAUGACAUUCCUCCCAAGCGCUACUACAGGUCCGGAGUGGAAUUGAUCAGGAUGGCCAACGUGUACUCUGGGGAGGGCAGCAUAGAGAACGCCUUUAUCUUGUACAACAAAUAUAUCACGCUCUUCAUUGAAAAGCUGCCAAAACAUCGGGAUUACAAAACAGCCAAUGUACCCGAGAAGAAAGAGACCCUAAAGAAACUGAAGGAAAUUGCCUUCCCCAAGGCAGAGGAACUGAAGAAGGAACUUCAUAAAAGAUACAAAAAAGAAUAUGAUGAAUACUCGGAGAAACAGAGGAAGGAAGAGGAAGAACGCGCCCGCCGUCUAGCUCUGCAGCAGCAACUUGAUGCAGAAAAGCAACGAGUGGCUCUCCUGAAGCAGCAACAGGAGCAGCAGGAACAGGUUCAGGCCUUUGAGGAAAUGAUGCGCAGGAAGGAGCUGGAAGCCGAGCGACUCCGAAUCUUACAUCAGUUUUCUAAAGAUGAGCCUGAAGCUGAGCCACUUGGGAGCCCUCUCAUACCUGGCGUGAAUGAGCCCCCUGUCACUCCACUGCUCCCUUCAUAUGGAACUGUACAGCCACAUCCACCUGCUGUAGACCGAUCAUUGAAACCUUCCUCUUAUGGCAGUAAUAGUAGUGGGGUUACCAGCGAUGGGCUGCGCCAUGUAAAGAUACCACGAGAUGUGUGCUGCAAGUUCCUGCAACUGUCGGAGAAUAACACGCAGAGAGGGGUGGAGACCUGUGGCAUUCUCUGUGGGAAAUUGAUGCAGAAUGAAUUCACAGUCACACACGUCAUUGUACCCAAACAGUCAGGGGGCCCUGAUUACUGCAACACAGAGAGCGAAGAGGAACUGUUUCUAAUACAGGACCAACAAGGACUCAUCACACUCGGCUGGAUACACACCCAUCCCACCCAAACCGCCUUCCUCUCCAGCGUGGACCUUCACACUCACUGCUCUUAUCAGAUGAUGCUUCCAGAAUCCAUCGCCAUUGUUUGCUCGCCCAAAUUCCAAGAAACGGGAUUCUUUAAACUGACAGAUUACGGCAUGAAGGAGAUCGGCGAGUGCCGGCAGAAGGGAUUUCACCCCCACUGCAAAGAGCCGCCUCUGUUUUCUGCCGGGGGCCAUGUUUCAGUGACGGAGCAGGAUGUCACCAUGAUGGAUCUAAGAUAAUUCCAGCAGGGAAUGUGCCAAUUCUGCACUCCAUCCUCCUAACCCUCAAGUGCCAAAAAUGCACUAUUAAGAGUUGAAUGCAAAUCUGUACAGCACAGUGCACACCUGUCGUUGUGUUAUUUCUCCUGUGGCGUUUGGGACAGGACUCAGACUAAUCAGUGGGAGAAGUCUACUGUGCAGUUAAAGAUGGAUUCCAUCAGUUUUAUGCUGUGUAUGAACCUCUGCAGUGCACCUUCAGCCACCACAUCUGAUCUCAACUUCCCUGCUAAGAACAUGUGCUGAACACUAAACUUCUGAGUUGUCUGACGUCUCGUGUUGCUUGAGAUUAUGGACCCCUUUUGUUUGUAUAAAUACAGUCCGAUUACUCUGUAAAUGGCAUCCUAGGCUAUAGAAAUACUGUUUUACCUUAACUCCGACACAGAUAAAGUCUAUUUUUAAUCCACGCUUUAAUAAUCCUAUUGACCCCUUAAAUGGAAAAUGUUAUUUUAGUAAAAGGAAUUGUACAUAUGUUAAUUUAUUUGAUCUGCUUUUUAGCAGCAGGUUGGGAAAAUGAUCUUGUGCCGUUUUGAUGAUAGAAGAAAAUGUUUUGCUCUUUAUUUUCUCCUAGCAUUAAACAUUGCCAAUGCUA